GAAGGAUGGGCCGCGGCGCUUCCUGGUGUUACCAAGGGGAGGACAGACGAGAGUUUACGAAGCUUUGAUCGGCCUUUGAGAGUUUGGAAAUACAGUAAUAAUGUUGAAAAGCAAGAUUUUGUUGCUGAAACAGAUAACUUAGCCCAUGGCUGCGGUAGGGUGUUAACCGUGGGAAGCAAUAUGUUGAAUGGAUACAGGUCUGUUUCCUAGGAUGUAUAGGCAUACUGUACAUGUAUUUAAAUUGUCCAGUCCUGGAAUUUAAAUAAUCGGCCAUUGUCAUGAUUUGGAUGAGGAUUACUCUUUCGUCAUGGCAGCUGGUGGUGAAAAUUGUAUCAAACUGACAUUUAUGCAGAAAAAGUCCCAAAACAAACGAACAAUAACUGCUCAGAACUUAAAAUACAGAUGGUUUGGACUGUACCCGGAUGCUUUGCGUUAUUUCGAUGGCACACCUUCGAAGAAUUUGAAGGAGAAAGGCUUUGUGCAUCUGAACCAGAUCAAAGUGGUAGCAGAUGUUGAGGAUAAAGCUCUUGACAAUAAGGAUAACGUGUUCCAGGUGGUGUAUAAAGAAGGGCCAGAGACCAGGGUGUUGUAUAUAAUAGCUAACACAAAGUUGGAGAAAGAUGAGUGGAUUAAAGCAUUAAACAAAGAGUGUGUGAAGAGAGGGUGUGUCUAUCACACUCACUAUCAUACUGGAGCUUGGACCAAAGCUACGGGAAAGUUCAGCUGCUGUGGUAGGGAAGGCAGAGAGGCAGAAGGCUGUACGCAAUUUAUCUUCGAUACUGAACGAAAUUCAGAUGCAGAUAUGCCGGCACAGGGAACACCCUCCUCUCCCUAUCCUGGCGAGAAUGGCUCCGCAACUGUUGCCCCUCAGUUACCAAGUUCAAAGCCAUCCAACAAAUCUGAUAUUAAGCUCUUUGUUGCCAUUUACGACUUUGCAGGAUUAGAACAAGGAGAUUUACAACUCAAGAAGGACAGAGAGUAUGAGAUAUUAGAUGACUCCAAUGAGCAUUGGUGGCUAGCUAAGGAUGUGCUGACUGGGAAGACUGGAUAUAUACCCUCAAAUUAUGUCAAGCAAAAAAAUGACUUACAAACACAUGAAUGGUACCAGUCGGACAUGUCACGUAGUCGCUGCGAGGAAAUACUGAGGAAAGAUGGCAGAAUAGGGGUCUUCCUUAUACGAGAUUCAGUGUCCCAGCCCGGGCUCUACACUCUCUCACUCUUCACUGGGGAACCAGGAAUUUUAGUUAGACAUUACCACAUCAAGAAAUCAGAUGGGAAAUACUUUAUAGCGGACAAACAUUUAUUUAGCACCAUACCAGACCUUGUGUUUUACCAUAGCAGAAAUGCUGGAGGUUUGGCUCAAAGAACACGAUAUUCGCCAAAACAUACCAAAAAUCUUCCAGCAACAGCUGGUUUAGGCCAUGACAAAUGGGAAGUUGAUCCAUCAGAACUAGAAAUCUUGGAUCUUCUGGGAUCUGGUCAUUUUGGCAGUGUGCACAGAGCGGUCUGGAAACGAAGCCAUCAAGUGGCUGUUAAACUGAUGAGGGAAGGAACAAUGUCCGAGGAGAACUUCAUCGAUGAGGCCAAGACAAUGAAACAGUUACAGCAUCCUAACCUGGUGCAGUUGUACGGUGUGAGCACACGGAAGAGGCCGCUCAUGAUCAUCACAGAAUUCAUGUCCCACGGUUCGUUGCAUUCCUACCUGAAGCGACACAGAAACAUGUUAAACAAGCCUGGUCGCCUGUUAGAUAUGUGCCUUCAGAUCUGUAAAGGGAUGUCAUACCUAGAGAGGAAGAAUGUGAUCCACCGUGACUUGGCUGCCAGGAACUGUCUUGUGGGUCAGGAAGGGGUCAUCAAGGUGGCCGACUUUGGACUGGCCAGAUUUGUGUUGGAUGAUGAGUAUGUGAGCUCUAAUGGCACGAAGUUCCCUGUGAAGUGGGCACCCCCAGAGGUUCUCAGUUAUACCAAGUUCAGCAGUAAAUCUGAUGUGUGGGCAUUCGGUGUGCUGAUGUGGGAGAUCUUCAGUGGGGCUGAGAUGCCCUAUGAUAACAUGCCAAAUGCUGACGUUGUUGAUUAUGUAGUGAAUCGUGGGAAGAGAUUGAAACGGCCGCGUGACUGCCCUGAUUCUGUGUACAGGGUGAUGCUGGAGUGCUGGAAUAAGGAUGCCGAUGGCCGACCAGCGUUCAUUAACCUUGAGAUGAAAUUAUUAAAACUCAGUGACAGUGGCGAUUAUUCUAGUUAACUACACACUGGAAUGUCUUUGUGUGUUUCUG